GGGGCGGCGCGGCCGCCGCUCGGCGCCUUUAAGGGAGCGGGAGGGAGCGGCGAGGCGGCGGCGGUUGCGGUGGAGGCGGCCGAGCGAUCGGGGCGGGGGCGCGGGGCGCGGCGCCCAGAGAGUCCACUCCGGCCGGAGGCGCCGUAGCCGGGCCGGGAGCUAGCAGCUCAGCGGAGCCCGCCGCCCCGGACAUGGCCAAAGCGGGAGGCGCAGAAUGUUCUCUCUCUUGGCUGCAAACCAUAGAGCAUAACCUGGGUGGUCCUUCCCCGGGCGGUGGUGCCUCCUGGCACCUUCGGAGUGUCCUCAGUGAUUCGGUGGAGAGUUCAGAUGAUGAAUUCUUUGAUGCUAGAGAGGAGGUGGCUGAAGGGAAGAAUGCCAUCCUUAUUGGAAUGAGCCAGUGGAGCUCCAAUGAUCUGGUGGAGCAGAUUGAGACCAUGGGGAAGCUGGAUGAGCAUCAAGGAGACGGGGCCACAGCGUGCACGUCCAGCAUCUUGCAGGAGAAACAGCGAGAAUUGUAUCGGGUGUCCCUUAGAAGGCAGCGGUUCCCAGCCCAAGGAAGCAUCGAGAUCCAUGAAGACGGCGAGGAAGGCUGCUCACAGCGCUCCUGCAAGACACAUGUCCUUCUGCUGGUGCUGCAUGGGGGCAACAUUCUGGACACUGGCUCUGGUGACCCUUCCUGCAAGGCGGCCGACAUUCACACCUUCAGCUCUGUGCUGGAGAAGGUCACACGUGCCCACUUUCCUGCUGCCCUGGGACACAUCCUCAUCAAAUUCGUCCCUUGUCCUGCCAUCUGCUCGGAGGCUUUCUCGCUCGUCUCUAACCUGAACCCCUAUAGCCACGAUGAGGGCUGCCUCAGCACCAGCCAGGACCACGUUCCUCUGGCUGCCCUUCCCCUGCUGGCCAUCUCCUCCCCACAGUACCAGGAUGCUGUUGCCACGGUCAUCGAGCGAGCCAACCACAUCUAUGGCGAGUUUCUCAAGUCCUCUGAUGGGAUUGGCUUCAGUGGGCAGGUGUGUCUCAUCGGGGACUGUGUGGGCGGCCUCCUGGCUUUCGAUGCCAUCUGCUACAGUGCGGGGCCCUCAGGGGACAGCCCUGGCAGCAGCAGCCGGAAGGGGAGCAUCAGCAGUACCCAGGACACCCCUGUGGUGGUGGAGGAGGACUGCAGUCUGGCCAGCAGCAAGCGUCUCAGCAAGAGCAACAUCGAUGUCUCCAGUGGAGUGGAUGAUGAGGACCCCAAGAGGCCGUUGCCACGGAAACAGAGUGAUGCCUCCUCAUACGACUGUGAGGCAGUAACCCAGCAUCACGCCUUCCUCUCAAGCAUCCACUCCAGUGUGCUGAAGGAUGAGGCUGAGGAUCCUGCAGCUCGCACACCCCAGCUCUCUGAGGUCAGCCUGGGUCGCUUCGACUUUGAUGUGUCUGACUUCUUCCUCUUCGGCUCACCCCUGGGGCUGGUCCUGGCCAUGCGGAGGACAGUGCUGCCUGGGAUAGAUGGUUUCCAGAUGCGUCCUGCCUGUAGCCAGGUCUACAGCUUCUUCCACUGUGCAGAUCCCUCUGCUUCACGGCUUGAGCCACUGCUGGAGCCCAAGUUCCACCUGGUGCCUCCUGUCAGUGUGCCUCGCUACCAGAGGUUUCCCUUGGGUGAUGGACAGUCCCUCCUGCUCGCUGAUGCCCUGCACACCCACAGCCCCCUAUUCCUGGAGGGCAGCUCCCGGGGAAGUCCCCCGCUUCUGGAUGCCCCUGCCUCGCCCCCUCAGGCCCCAAGAUUCCAGCGCCCAGGACGGAGGCUAAGCGAAGGCAGCUCCCAUAGCGACAGUUCAGAGUCCUCGGACAGCCUGGCACCUCUGGGUGCCUCCCGCAUCACAGCCAAGUGGUGGGGAACCAAGAGGAUCGACUAUGCCCUAUACUGCCCUGAUGUCCUCACCGCCUUCCCCACUGUGGCCCUGCCCCACCUCUUCCACGCCAGCUACUGGGAGUCUACUGAUGUGGUCGCCUUCAUCUUGAGACAGGUGAUGCGUUAUGAGAGUGCAAGUGUGAAGGAGAGCACUGGACUGGACCCCACAGCUCUGAGUCCCACUAACCCCCGUGAGAAGUGGCUGCGCAAGCGGACCCAGGUCAAGUUGCGGAAUGUUACUGCGAACCAUCGUGCUAAUGAUGUAAUCGCUGCUGAAGAUGGCCCUCAAGUCCUAGUAGGGCGCUUCAUGUAUGGUCCUCUUGACAUGGUGGCUCUGACUGGAGAGAAGGUGGACAUCCUGGUGAUGACAGAGCCAUCAUCAGGCCGCUGGGUCCACCUGGACACAGAGAUCACCAACAACAGUGGCAGAAUCACAUACAGUGUGCCCCGGCCCAGGCGUCUGGGGGUUGGUGUCUACCCUGUGAAGAUGGUGGUCAGGGGUGACCAGACCUGUGCGAUGAGCUACCUCACGGUGCUGCCCCGAGGCAUGGAGUGUGUUGUGUUCAGCAUCGACGGGUCCUUUGCAGCCAGUGUGUCUAUUAUGGGAAGUGACCCCAAGGUCCGGCCAGGAGCAGUGGAUGUUGUUCGGCACUGGCAGGACCUGGGCUACAUGAUCCUUUACAUCACGGGGCGGCCGGACAUGCAGAAGCAGCGGGUGGUGUCGUGGCUCUCCCAGCACAACUUCCCACAGGGCAUGAUCUUCUUCUCGGACGGACUGGUGCACGACCCGCUAAGGCAGAAGGCCAUCUUCCUACGCAACCUCAUGCAGGAGUGCUUCAUCAAAAUCACUGCUGCCUACGGCUCCACGAAAGACAUCUCUGUCUACAGCGUGCUGGGCCUCCCUGCCUCCCAGAUCUUCAUUGUGGGCCGGCCCACCAAGAAGUACCAAUCCCAGUGCCAGUUCUUGAGUGAAGGCUACGCUGCACACCUGGCGGCACUGGAGUCUAGCCACCGGUCUCGCCCUAAGAAGAACAACUCGCGCAUGAUCCUGCGCAAGGGCAGCUUCGGGCUACACGCGCAGCCGGAGUUUCUGCGCAAGCGCAACCACCUGCGCAGGACCAUGUCGGUGCAGCAGCCCGACCCACCGGCCACCAACCCCAAGCCCGAGCGGGCGCAGAGCCAGCCCGAGUCCGACAAGGACCACGAGCGGCCGCUGCCCGCGCUCAGUUGGGCGCGUGGGCCCCCCAAGUUCGAGUCGGUGCCCUGAGGGGUGGGCGGUGCUCAGAACAGUGGGCGCAGCUAGGCGUCCCGCAGGGACGGAAAGGGUUGCCUUCUCCCCGACACAGGCAUUUUCCUGCUUUUUCCCUCCCGUGUCUGUCCAGCAGUGUCCGACCAGAGCAGGGAGGGACCUUGCCCUGACAUUGGGGAGCUCUCUGGGCUGCGAUGGGGUGAAUUCCGGGGUAUCUCGGUGAAGCCGCCGCCGCCUCACAACGCCUGUGCCCACAAGCUGGAGUCAGGGGUAAUGUGUGCGUGUGUGACCCUGGGGCCAAGCCUGCCUGUGCCCAAUGUUUGGGUAAAGUCGACCAUCUUUCUGAGUCCCGAGGUUUCUGUAGCCGCACUAGGCAGGCUCUAACAAGAGAAGACCCCAGCGCAAGAGAGGUUGCAGGCAGAGCAACUUGACUGUCUUUAGAGGAGUGAGCGGCAUUUGUACCUGCCCUCCUUGAGACAUCCGGGCCACCACUUUGGGGCUGGCCGUCUCAUGACACAGAGAGAUCACUUUAUGGGAGAGGAUAUUCCCUGGGUCCAAUAUAUGUAUGUGGAGUCUGUCCACAACCCUGGGGACCGGGCCUGGUGCUGACUGUCCGUCUUGCAGCUGUCCUUUGUCCUCCUUGUUCUCAGUAUCCUUAUUCUCCUGUGGCCCUUGAGGACAGUCCUCUUCCUUGAGUCUUGCCUUGUGUGGACUCAGGUCCCAGGUGGUCUGGCUGUGUGCCCUUGAGUCUGUAGCAUACCUACUCUGGGCCCUGCCUUUUUUCUGUAAGUAAGAGGGGGGCUCCUGGCUGAGAUGGGUACUAGGUUUGAAUCCUAGGCUGUCCAGCGUUUCCUGCUCUCUGGGGAUUUUCAGGAUGUCCAGUGGGCUUCCUCCUCAUCCCAUCCACUCCCUGUCCUGGGAGAGGGCCUGAAUGGGAGCCCAGCACCUCAGAGAAGGGAAGCCACUACUUCAUGGGGAGCAAGCUAGUUUGUGUUGCAUGGAGGGAAACAGAAACUGCUUCCCUUCACCAACAAAAGGGGACAACAUGGCUGCCCCUUCCGAAGCUCUGCUCAGACUAUUUCCCUUUAGGUUUCUGGAACACACAGAGCUGAAAUCUUGGGUUCUGGAGGUUCAUGGUAUAUUGGCUCAAACUGUUGUAUUCUCUUCCUCUCCCUGGUUUGGUUUGAGCCUGGAACCUCCUCUAGGUUAGGCAGACCCUUUAGGGUGGUGGCAGGUGUGGGGUUAUCCUUGCUGCCAAGCCCUCCACCUUGGCGCAGGCCUCCCCUUGCUCCUUGGCUCAGGCUGAUACCUGUUGCAUGGCUGCCUGGGUGUCUUGGAGCCCUCUGGGCUGCCACUGAGGCCAGGGCCAAAUAUCUGUGUACACAGCAGGCACCUGUCAGCCCAGUGUUGCUUCUGCCCAAUGUCUACCUCUUGCAGCUCCCGUGCAGCCCGCAGUGGCUGCUGAUGGGAGUGACUGGCACCAUGUUGUGAGUUGCCCAGAAGACUGGGUGUCUCACUGGGGCUGGAGGGGGUGUGGGUUCCCAAUACCCACCUGCUCUUUCUACUCAAAGGUCUUCUCCAGCCUGCCAGCUCCUGUUCCCUCUGCCCAUCCUGUCUCAUCUGCCAGCUCUCCCACUGCAUUAUUAGCACUGCACUUGGCAAAUCAAACCCAGCACUGCCAGGGGGGCUGCAGAGAGGCAAGGAAGUAUGGGACCAGCUUCAGCUUCCACUGUCCCACCUCCUAAAAGUUCAUAGCUGGCCCCUGCCCCAUCAUUCUUGCCUAUCUUUUUGGCACCAGCUCAUGUGGCAUAGCCACCUCAAUCCCAGUCCUUUCCUCUACUGAGCUUGGGCAGACCUGAUUGAUUCUCUCACAAGCCCUUCAUCUCCUUGCAGCAGGAGCCAGAGUCUAACUUUCAAAUUAUAAAUGUUUAGCCUCUUCCUUUCCUGAGAGCCCCAGCCUAUAUGUGAGUGGGGAGCCCCCAGGGAGUCUGGAGCCAGUGACAGAGCUCUGUGGGUCAGAGCCAGACAGAGGCCCCACCCCUCUUUUGCUAAAGCCCCACAUUGGGGCUUGGAUGACCCCUUUUGUGAGAUGGCGCUAGUAUACAGGUGUUGUGAACACCACCCUAGGAGCUACGGCUGGCAUGUGUGAAGUAUGCGCUCGCUCUGAGAACACCUCAGUACUUCUUCCUGGCAACUUCUCCUGCGCUUUCUACUAGUGCUUUGUUCAGUUAAGUCAGAGGCAAAAGGAACUGAUUCCUAGUGUUCUCCAGAGAGGGGUGCUGUUGCCUCCUCCAGUAGCUCUGUGACACCCUCCCCUCCUUCCAGCUGUUUUUUAGAGACUCUAGCUCCUGGUGUGCCUGCUCUCCAGCUGCUGGAAACAUGUUCCUGCUUGACCAAAGUUCCCAUAUCUGAGUGGCAUGUUUGUUUUCCCCAUGUGGUGGCUGUCCCGACCUGGUUGAGGGAUGCCUGACACCUUCCCUUAUCCCUUCUCCUGUUGUGGGUUGCUGGAGUCUGCUCCUCCAGCCUCAUGCCCCACCCCCACCCCAAAGACUGACCCCUCCCUGAAACACCACAAAAUGUUUUUAAAAAGUAAAUUAUUUUCAUGCAUUCAGACGAACAGCCUUCCUGCCUGGGUGCUGGGCUAUAACAAAUACAUCUGAACCCCAGUAUUUCUGAGAUUACUGGGGUAGUCCUCUGAAGGAGGGGAGGCUGUAUCUAAUGGUUUUUAAACUGUACUUUGGGCCCUUUGCAGCCCAGAGCUCUGCCCCUGAAGUGUCCUGAAGACAAAACAUGGCACCCAUCUUUUAAUUGAAGACUGGACCCUGCCAGACUGGUGCACCCAACCAGGUCUGGAGAAGGUGCCACUUUUGCAGACAUACUCCCCAAUCAGCUCAGGUGAAGCCCCACCCGGGAGGGGUGCCCUGACUGUAGGAGCCUUGCAGUUGACCCCGCCUUAAACAACCAACUUUCCAGUGGAACCCCUGGGGUUCCAUUCCAAGUGCUCUGGAAAAAAAUUAAAAAAAAAAAAAAUCCCCUUCUCUUUUCUCCUGGGCUUGGGAGGAAUUUCUUAAAUACCCAGUUAAACAUUUAGUACAAGUAGCAAGGCCCUGCUGAGUUCUGAUCUUGCUAGGAAACUAACAGUGAGGUUGAGAAGAAAAUCAGUUUGAUUCCACCCUCUGGGGGCAAGGAAGAGGUGGGGGACACUGAGGAGCCGCAGGCCAUAGGAGAGUGGCCAGCAUGGGACAUGCCCUCUCAGACCCAGACCCACUGUCCUUUUCUUUGUUUACUCAGUGGUGGCGGCCGGUCUGACCUUGUCUGCGAUCUGCCUGUCCCUGUGUGUAACUUCUAGUACUCUCUGUGAUGGAUGGUUCUGUGGUAGAAAAGGCUUAUUAUAGUCCUCAUGGCUGCCUUGUACAAAAUCUGUUAGAAAAGAAAAUGUAAAAAUACUAUUUCUAACAAGACAAAAACAGCAUAAUGGAGUUAAAAGAUUUUUACAAUUGGUCUUGAUUUUGAUGUGAGCUGUUUUUAACUCUAAAACAUUGUCACUUAAAUAAAACCUUAUUUGCCUUUAA